AUGGCAUCAUUCCCAAUGCCACAGCUUCUGCCAUGCACUUCUCUCCCUCAGAGUCACAGUACCAGUACUGCAUCGUCGCCGUCCUCUUUGUUCCGCCAUCGCCGAAGUCUCCACUCCCUCCGGUGCUCGGCGUCCGAGAAGCCUCCGCCGCACGAGGACGCGGUGGAGCUGCCGCUCUUCCCUCUCCCUCUGGUCCUCUUCCCGGGCGCGAUUCUCCCCCUGCAGAUCUUCGAGUUCCGGUACCGCAUCAUGAUGCACACGCUCCUUCACACCGAUCUCCGCUUCGGCGUCGUCUACCACGACGCCGUUUCCGGCACUUCGGACAUCGGCUGCGUGGGCGAGGUGGUGAAGCACGAGUGCCUCGUGGACGACCGCUUCUUCCUGGUGUGCAAAGGCCAGGGGCGGUUCCGCGUGAACGACAUCGUCCGCACCAAGCCCUACCUCGUGGGACGCGUGACGUGGCUGGAGGAUCGGCCGUCGGAGAGCGACGGCGGAGACGAUGCGGAGGAGCUGGCGCGUGAGGUGGAGGGGUACAUGAAGGAGGUCAUAAGGCUUUCGAACCGUUUGGGGGGGAAGGGGGAGAAGGAGAUGGGGGAUUUGAGACGGAACCUGUUUCCGACGCCGUUUUCGUUUUUUGUGGGAAGCACGUUCGAGGGGGCGCCGAGGGAGCAGCAGGCGCUGCUGGAGUUGGAGGACACGGCGAAGAGGUUGAAGAGGGAGAAGGAGACGCUGAAGAACACGCUUAACUACCUCACUGCUGCUUCUGCUGUCAAAGAUGCUUUUCCUUCUUCUUGA